AUGUUCUCUGCAUCGAGUGCUCCUGGGAUAACGCAUCAAAGUGUUCCCUCAGUGCAAAUCAGUCUAACAGCGCAAAGCAAUAUUACAUCGGGUCGAAAUAUCUUCAACAGUAAUGCUGGACACGUAUCAGUUGGUCUUGUAAAAAAGAGAGAUUCUUCAAAAAUAUCGGAUCGAAAAAAUAUCAACCAAAGGCGCGUAGUGAUGGACCAAACAAAUUCGUCAACUCAAAAAACUAUCAACAGUAAUUCUGGACACGUAUCGAUCGGUCGUAUAAAAAGAGAAAAUCCUUCAUCAGCUCUUAACAGUGAUAAUAUUAAUUCUGGGCGCUUGUUUAUGAAUCAAACAAAUUCACCAGAUGCUCCGCCGUCUCAAAGACCCUCUAAUAUUAAUUCUGAAAAUACAUCAAUUUUUCGUAAGAUCGAACAAAAGCUUGAUUUGGCACGCACUGGCAAUGAUAUGCGUUCUAUGCCUACAUAUUCGACCAGUCCGUUAAGUUCACAAGAUAUUUCAUUGAUUCAUAUCACUGAUUAUCGAGAUUCGACAUCAUCAUUUGGUAUCACUAAUCAAAAAAGUAUUUCAUCAAAUAAAGAGUUCAAAGAUACCAAUGUUAUACGUGGCUUAACUCGUCGCAUAAACAACGAAGCAGAUUUAUCGCUUCAUAAAUCCGGCCGUGCUGGACCUUCCUAUACACGGAGAAGACGUCUUACCGGGUGUGGAUACUUUCGGCCAUGCCUUUGUUGCUGUUGUUGUGCGCUACUUCUUGGUGCUUUAUUAGCUACAAUUCUCGGUCUUCUACUUGGAUUCAAAUCACCACCGGGAACUAGCACAUCAACUCUAUCGACGACAACAGUUACAGAAACAACUGAUACGACAAGCAUAACAACAACAACAAUAACAAACAUGACUACAGAUGUCACACAAACCACCAAUACUGACACAGUGCCCAUUGUCGGUAAUACAACAAAUAUCGAUACUGACGCAUCGACUGGUGGUACUGAUACCAUAACUAGUAACACUAACAAAACAACAAGUAGUACAAACGUAACGACGACAACAGAGACUACAACAACUGCAACAACAACUACAAGUGAAACAACAACAUCAGCAACCACGACAACUGCAACAACAACAAGCACUGUUACUACUACAGCAACGACCACAUCAAUAACUACAAAAACAACUUCAACUACAUCAACAACAACCACUGCAACGAAAUCAACGACCACAACCGCUACAACAACGACAUCAAAAACAACAUCCACCACAUCCCAAACAACAACUACUACAACUACAACAUCAACCACAUCCAAAACAACAACAACAACUACAUCUACAACAUCAGCGACCACAACAACAACAACAACUACUACAACGACAAUGACGGUCUGUUCGGGUGCAGGCCUGGGUGCGCUUCUAUCUCGAGACACACCAGUUUCGUGGACUCAAUUUUCUUUUACUUAUGUCGCGGCACAAACGGCACCUAUCAUUCAAUUUGCGUUCAAUAAUGGUGGAACAAAUACUUAUUUAGAUGGAAUCUCUAUUGUUGACACGGCCACACCUGGUACUCAACUACUGACAAAUCCUAGUUUUGAAAGUUCAACGUCAGUACCACCAACUGGUUGGGUUGCAUGGUGUACAUACACGUGUGACACCGGCACUAGUGGUCAAAUAGUCACUAAUAGUUCUGCCUGUCAAUCGAAUUCUGGUAGUCAUUGUUUCUGGAACCAUUGUACACAUGGCUACGAAUUUAUUGGACAGAAAUUCACUGCCGUAGUCGGUCAUACUUACAACAUAUCAUUCUGGCUAGAAAUUACUGCUGGAAGUACUUCUCAAUUCUAUGCUGACAUUACUUAA